UUCAAAUAUGAGCACUGCUUUUGACACCACAUUUUGAUAACCACAUUAAAUUUAAACAGUUCAUGUAGAAUCUAUUGCGAUAAAUAAAUGGUUGAAAAAUUAACGUGGGCCUGUCUCACAACGUUGUUGUUUUCCUUUUAAUUGAACAAGUGGAUUAUUUUGAAAGGUAAAACAUGACUUCAGCAAAGCAAGACUUCAGUCUUGUAGUACUGAUCUUACUUCUACACGUUUCAGAUUCUCUAACACUGAACUACGUUUCUGUGAACUGUACGAAUAUUUGUGCUCUGAGGGAAACCAGUGUGCACUUGAAGUGCUCUUAUAACAGCAACAUCACACCUGUGUUCUGGUUCAGUGAGAAACAAAGUAAAAACUGGAGAAACGACAAUGAACCUGAAGAUUUGACUUUAGACUCAGACUACUCAGGACGAGUGAAACAUGAGAUCUUCAGCGGGUCUUCAACACUCACAAUAUCAGACCUGAGAGAGACAGACGCUGGAGAAUAUCAGCUCAUGUUUGUGGAUGGUGGAGUUAAACAUCUCAGCUCAGCAGCCGUCAGUCUAACAGUCACAGACCUGCAGGUGAGGAAGAAUUCUACAUCUAUAGACGCCAGAGGUCGGAGAUUCGAGAUACUGACCUGUGAUACUUCCUGUGAUUUGACAUCCAGACCUCAGAAUUUCUACUGGAAAAGAAAUGGACGAUAUUUACUAGAUAUUAAUUCGAGGAGGAUUGCAGUUUAUCCUCAAAGUUCUGGCAGUUACUCCUGUUUUCUUACUGCAGACCUUCUGAAUUCCUCGUCUCCUGUGUGUGUUUUUCAGAGCAGCUGCUGGGAUGUGACUUACACCUCUAGAAGAGUCUGUGCUGUGGUGGGAUCAACUGUAGAGAUUUCCAGCACAUACUCACAUCCCCCUGGUCAUACUGUAAGAAAAAAAUUCUGGCAUUACGGUCCAUCUGGUGAUUUCAAGGAUCUGCUUAAGGAGUCUCAAUUUGCUGGUCGUGUGGAGUAUGUGGAGAACAAACUGAGAAUCAAAGAUCUCAAGAUCAGUGACUCUGGAGUAUAUAGAUUCAGGAUCAUCACUAAAUUAAAUGGCCAAUAUUCAGGAUCACCUGGAGUCAUUCUUACGGUUACAGGCACACAGAUGAAAAGAAGCCAAGUCUUUCUAUCAGAGAGACAGGAAGGGAUAUUAAGCUGUUCAGCCAACUGCACUGUGAACAAAAACACCUCUUACAUCUGGUACAAGAACAGACGACAGGUGACAGAUGGGUUCACUAAAGACAACAAGCUGUAUCUGGACUCAGUCAGCAGUGAAGAGCUUCAACAGUAUUCCUGUGCUGUAGGAGACCCAGAAAUCCAGAUACCAGACUCAGAGGUGAACACAGCUUUACUGAGCACUGCCAUCAUAUUCUCUGCGUUUCUGAUUCUUGCCCCCAUAGGAGUCUUGUGGUACAGAAGGAGAAAGAAUAAUUCAUCUCACCAGAAAAAGGACAAUAAGGGCAGUGUGCAGUCUGAUUCAGCUGCGCUGUACGAGAACGCUGCAGGCUUGUCUACGGUCUGCACACAGCAAGAUCACAUGAAGGAUCGGGAUGUUUUUUAUUCAACUAUUAAUUUCAAGCAGCCUGACACUUCAUCAGCUCCUACCGCUGUACAGUCAACCACAGACGAUGUUCAUUAUGCUGCUGUGAAGUUCUGCUGAACAUUAGUAAAACCGUAACUUAAAGUACAAGUACAUAGUAUUACAGAAUGAUAUAGAAUUAAUACAUUUACUCAAAAUUUAUGGACAGUGCCCACGUUAUACACCUAACUAACAAAAAAAGUACCCACGAUGCCCCCUGGAUAGCAUCUACAAACGUUCUUUAGAUGUCAUGAGUAUGUUCACGGGACGUACCGAAGGAUAUUCACAGGACGUCCUUCAUGCGCCUGAUCGACCUUGUAAGCCCCCUCUGAUCAUCACGUGUACAAUAUUAAGAAAGGAAAAUAAUUUUUUGUGUAACAUAUUUCAUAACGAGUGGAAGUGUAAUACUGUAAUGACACACAGACUCGGCUAGACCAUUGGCUAGACCAACAUUCAGUAAAAUAGCUCAUGGUAGCUCACGGUCAUUUCAAACUUCAAAAGAUUUUUUAACAAAUUAUAUAAAAUGAAAACUAUCUUGUUUUUAUUAUUUUUUAAAAUCAAGUAAUAUCUGCGUUCACCUGAAAUUGAAGAGAACAAAGAAUAUGAUAUAAGAAAAGCAAUCAUUUUGCGUGAGAAGUGGAGAGUGGAUCAGGAGCUGAAUCGUCACAAACAGCACUAAAAUACAAUGAAAAUAUUAACAGUGAUUGAUAUCAGUUUAAUGUGAAGCUUUUACAUCCACGGUCUUCAUUUUGAUCACGCUGUUGAUGUGUGCUGAACAUUCCGACUCUCUGAAAUGUAGCUUUUGGUCAACAGUGCAAAUAAUAUUUUAAGUAAGCAACAGAGUCUACAUGAACAAACACUCUACUACGUUUAAUGUUUAGAAAAUCUUACUUAUAAUUCCCACCUUCACUGUUCAUCUAGUAGAUGACCAUUACAGACUGUUUCACUUUGAAGUGAGACACAGUCACAGUAAUCACAUCUGUCUUACAACAUUAUUUUCAAAGCACUUUUUCAUUGUCUUAUAUUUUUUUAUUAGCUUAUAUUUUGUAUGUAUUGAAUCCACUGUAAUAUAAGCAAUGGCAACAACAUUGCGCUUUUGUUCAGAGUCUGGUUUUCCACAUCUGUGUACAUCUGUAUCUGUUUAUCAAAGCUGAUGUGUGAUGUCAUUAUGUUCUUCCACUGUGACAUCGUCACCUAGCAACAGUCAGAACUGUCAGCAGCACUGUGAUGUCAUGACAGUGAUAGAUUGUGUGUCCUGUUAGAUCAGGCCUUUAUGCAGGGAAUCCAGUUUCACAAAAUAUGCCUUAAAGACAUUAUGUUUUAUCUUACCACAAAAUGAGUGUUUUUUUUAACUUGGUAUGUUUUUUUUUUUUUAUUUAAGUAACAUUAAAAGGUCUAAACUUAUAAUCUGGAGUCUUCUAGUCUACCUAAUAAUUACAUAAAGUAAUUACCCUUGGAGUGUGUGUGUGUGUGUGUUUUCCUAACCAGUAUUUAUGAAAUUAUCAAAAGAUCCUUCAAGGUAUAAAAUUAUUUUUAAGGUUACAGAUUAGGUCUAGUAAAAGUUAGCUGGUUUCCAUCAUACUCUGGGUAAGCUAUUUUUAUUUUACUUACACUACGAUGACAUGAGUGUAACAUAAGUUUUGUUUUAUGUUUUUUUUAUGUUCACUCACUGAUAUUUAGUGUUUAAAUAAAGUAGGGUUUAGAGUCAUUAAAAUUACCAAUCAUUUUCCUUUCUGCCCCCGGAGUAAGUAAAACCUCCAUCUGCUCACUUUUGCUUUAUGUUCACUCCUUAAUUUUGUGUUUAAAUAAAGUGGAAAUUAGAGUCAUUAAAAUAACUUGUGUUGAAAAUGAUGUAAAUGUUUUCAAAACCAAACUAAAUCAACAGAUGCAUCCUAACAAAUUACAAACAUAUUUUACACAGGUUUUUAUAAUUCAUAAUUGACUCAGCUAAUUGCAAUAAGGUAUUCAAAAAAAUAAACUGGAAUCUAUGACGCUAACACAGUGGGUGGUUAUCUGCCGUUGCCCAAUAAAUGGAUAUAAAAUUGAAAAGGAAGGGUAAAAAGGAAGCAAAUGAUUGCCUGGUAAUCCUGAAAAAAGUAUUACGUGUGUACCAGAGUAAACCACUUUGAAAGCUGGAGAAAUCUUCAAAAUGUUUCGUAAACUCAUUGACAAAGUUUUUGACAAAAAGACUGAAUCUAAUUGUUAGUAAUAUAAAAGGAAUUUAUAAGCAAUAUUUGUAGGUCGGUCAUUUUUUAAUGGGCACACCACAAAUGUAACAAGAUUUUGAUGGUGGUAGAGAAAAUGACUGGAUCGCAACAUUAGGGUUAAGAACCGUAACAAAUGAACAUUUACUUAACUAUAUAUCACUUUAAACAAUGCUAUUGACAUAAAUUAAUUGAAUAUAAAUAU